UUCUUUAAUAACUUCAGAGUUCAUGCUUGUGUUUUGAAGCUCGUGUGCGCCGUCUGGUCUGUGAGGUUGACUCAGUGCCGUGAUGAACACCUGUGGGAGACUAACGCGUGUGUUUGACCGGAGCUCCGGCCUGGAUGUGCUCUUCUGUCUGGUCAAACCCCGGACAACCUGCCGCCAGUGUCCGAAGACAACACCGCCCCUCGCCCGGGGUCAGAGCACCGCUGCCAACCACACUCCAGGCUCCGACGCAGAUGACAAACCCCGUGUUAGAGCCGUUGACCUGGCCCGUAAGAUCCGAGGAGAGAAGUCGAAGACCCGAGAGACAGCGCCUCCCAUGUCUGCCCAGCAGAGGAGGGUGAUGGAGCUGAAACGGUUCAGUGUACAGUUACAAAAUGUGCACCCCAACGUGCUCGCCAAACACCUCCACAGAAGCGUGCUGUACCAGGACAAGGAUGUAGUGAUCGUCAACAAACCCUACGGCAUCCCUGUGGCAGAUGACUCCGACGUCACAUCCAUCACCUCUGUGCUUCCUGUUCUCUCCAAAAUGAUGGAUGGGAUGAAGAUAAAGUCUGAUUCUCAGCUCAUUCCCUGUCUGGGUCUAGAAAAGGACUCAACGGGAACUCUCCUGCUGGCCAGGAGGGAUGAAGUGGUGGAGCACGUACUCGCUCUGAAUAGAAAUAACAAAGUGGAGAGGAAGUACUGGGUUAUCACGGUUGGUGUUCCUGUGCCAUCUGAAGGUCUGAUUGAUAUUCCCAUCAUAGAGAGAGAGGUCACAGGUCCUCAGCCACACUACAAGAUGGCUCUGAGUCCUCUUUACAGACUGAACGAUGAAGGUGAUGGUGUAACCAAAGUCCGAAGUCAUCGCCAAGCUCAUCCAGCAUUGACCAAGUACAGAGUCCUGGACAGCAGCAGUGGUUGCAGCCUUGUGGAGCUCCAGCCUUUUACAGGAGUGAAGCACCAGAUGAGGGUUCAUAUGGCCUUUGCUCUCGGGUGUCCCAUUCUUGGUGACCACAAAUAUUCCCACUGGAGCAAACUGGCACCACAGAAAUUACCAGAACGUGUGUUGGGAAAACUUGGGAUUGAACAGAGCAAGGUUCGGCACCUUCCCCUUCAUUUACAUGCACGACAGCUGACGCUGCCAGGAAGCAGCCAAGCUGACGUCAACGUGUCCUGCCCGCUACCGAAAUACUUCACCCAAACACUGGGCCGACUGCAUAUAACGCUCCCAGAUGAAAAACAAACGUGAUCAUCUCCUUGCUUUGUUCAGCGUUUAACAGUCCAACCCUGUUAAAUGUAAUUUAAAUGUGGAAUAGAACAUCAGGAUGUGUAACUACAGCGCUGAUACGUGUGAUAGUGGACAGAUGUGGAACAGAAUGUGUUAAUUAUGAAAAACUGAUGCUAUGGAACUGAAUAAGAACCAUUCAAAUGCGUCAUUAUUAAAAAGACCCACAGCUCA